AUGGCAGACCUCAACUCGCUACUCCACUGGGCCAUCGAGAACACGCCCACCGACCAGGGUGGCAGCGGCAGUGGCACCGCCGCCCCCGCCCCCGCCAACCCUGCGGGCAUGCAGCUCACCUUCAAGCCGGCAGCACCAGGACAGCAGCCCAAGACGAGCACGCUGGCGGCCUUCCACCCGGACGACCCGCAACACGAUGUUGGCCUGGCGCCUCCUGUGGCCGAGGAGCCCAAGAAGGACAACAAGCUGUCAACCGAGAUGCUCGACUUGAUCAUGGGCAAGCCGGACAGCGUGACGAUGAAGGAGAAGAUGGCGAUUGCGAGCAACACAGCUGCCGACGUCGACGAGCGUGUCAUGGCCCUCGACGACUUUGAGAUGCUCAUCGAGCUCAUCGACAACGCCAACAACAUGCCCAUCCUCAAGCUAUGGCAGCCACUGCUGGAGCUCAUCAACGACCCCAACGACCAAAUCGCACGCCACGCCCUCUGGGUCGUGGGUACGGCCAUUCAGAACAACCUCAAGGGUCAGGCGGCGUUCUUCAUCUUUGGUGGACUCCCGCUCGUGCUUGACAUUCUGUACCCUGCGACAGGGAGCAAGCCGGCUGGCACACGGGCCAAGGCGGUCUACGCCCUCUCCUCUGCGCUUAAGCACUGGCCUCUUGCCACUGUUGCACUCGGCUCCCAGGCUAACCGUGGGUACUCUGUACUCCGGCAAGGCGUGGCCGACUCCGACCUCGUUAUCCGGCGCAAGAUGUGCUUUAUGCUCGGCACGCUCGUCAACCAGGCGCGCGACGCCUUUGAUGGAGAGAUGCCGAACGAGGUGGUCAACAUGAUCGAGGAGCAGGCCAAGGUUACCGAUGUCAAGCCUGGGGCUGAGGGAGAGAACCUGCUGCUUUCUCUCCAGCUCCUGGGUGUCUUUGAGGCGGCGAUCGACGCAUUGGCGCGGGACCCACGCAUUGACCCCGUCGACUCGGAGUACGAGGAGAAUGCGAUGCGCGCACUGGCACGCGCCGCCGACUUUGGGGCGCUGAAUAACGAGGAGAAGAUUCAGCUCAAGGGUGUCUGGAACACAUGGACGCCCAUCGGGCGUGAGCAGCGCGGAAUCGAGGGAGCGGACGCCGAGGCCAUUGAGAAGGCGCUCGCGUAG